CUCUGGACAGCCGCACAGAGUGUUUUGCCGCCCCCAGCCGGCCGGAGAGCAAACUUGCUCUGGCUAAGCUGGCAGGCUGAAAAGAGCACCGGAGAACCACAGGGCUCGCUCAGUGCUAACAGAGGACAAGCCUGAACGUCCCAUAAACUUUCCUCGAAUUAUGGCGACAGUACGGCUGCUAACCAUGCUGCCACUCUGGUGGAGCCUCUGCGUAAGCAGUGCGCUCACGCCGGUACGGCUGCGAACGCUGCCACUCUGGUGGAGCCUGUACAUAAGCAAUGCGCUCACGCCGCAAGCCCUUCUCGCCGAAUGGCAAGCGGCGAGGAUCAAGUCGCUGGACGUCGACGCCUCGCGCUACCACGCGCAAGUCCUUUUCGUGGACGACGACAACGCGCGCGCGCGCAUGGCCGAGAGCUGCGCGGACGCGCUGGCCCAUUGGGCAGAUGCGGGAUGGUGGAUCUAUCCACAUUCCUGCAGCCUCACAGAGGACCAGGCGCUCAUCGAGAACCCGCGCCAAGAGGCAAUUCUCACAUCUCUCGGGUUCGACGGCACGCGGGUCACCGCCGCCGGCGCGGCGCUCGCGAAGGAGGACCUGGACGCGUACGACCUUGUUAUUUGCGCCGACGCGGCCGUCCGCGACGCGGUCCUGGCCCUCGGCGAAGAGAGCUACGAGACGUCCGUGCGUCUCCUCGCUGAUUUUGCGACGGUCGCGGACGCGCGGUCGCGGGCGCUCUUCGACGGCCUGGAUGUCGCCCUCGCGGAGCGCGCGCGCUCACGUCAGGACGGUGGCGAACUUGUGGUUGAGGGAGCCGACGCGCAGAGCGACCGCGACGGCUUCGACGCCCUGCUGGAAUCGACGCUCGUUCUGACCGCGGCGCUCGUCGUGUUCCUCAAAGAUUCGUUCGACGCUUCAUUCACCGACAGCUUCAACGGCUUGUUGCGCACCCAUUUCUACGACGAGCGCCACGUCGACGCACGGUGGGCGGACGCCGAGCCGGCGCUGCGCCGCCACAUCGUCACCGGGGCGCUCGACCCACGCGAGCGCGAGCGCCUCUUCGACGCCCACAUGACCGGGCUUCGGCAAAGGCUUAGCGGCGACGGCGUUUCGUCGUGAUGUGUGAUAUCUGUCCUAAAGUAUGUGUGAUUCA